AUGUCUGCUGGAAGGUAUAGGAAAAGUGAGGCAAAAGCCGUAAUUAAGGAGACGGAUAUGCUGGAGGAGUUGCAACAACAGGCGGCAAAUUGUGCCUACGAGGCCCUCCAACAUCACCAACAGUAUAUGGAUAUUGCGAGGUAUGUGAGGAAACGUUUUGACGAUCUCUACGGUCCCUCGUGGAGCUGUGUGGUGGGAGCUGACUUUGGAGCGUCAUUCGCAUAUGAGAAGAAGCAUCUCAUCUCCUUCCAGAUGAAGGGAAAAACCUUCCUCCUAUUUCGCGGAGCAUGA